AUAUUACUAAAAAUAGAAAGCCUGAAGCAACAGCGUAUUUUGUUUUUGUGAUUUGUUCACUUUAGAUUGAAUUUCGUAACCUUCAGCUUACUGGGUUACCCAUUACAUAUUGAAUAUAUACACAUAUAAAGGUGGGGACAUUUUGUAUCGUCUCAGUAUUCCUUUUUUAUGUGGGUGCUAAUGAUGAUAUCAAAUCUCCGAACUAAACUCAUAAUUUAUUGUUACUGUUACCGACUCGACUGUUAGUGUUAGAUCUACUGUACUAUGUCAGACUAUGUGUUGUAACUUUCUUACAUUUCAGUCACAGUCAGUUGGUUAACAAAUGACAAAAUUUAAUUAGUAAUUAGAUUGCCCAAAAAUAUCAAGAAAAUAAGGGGCCAUUCAUAGGGGGGGAGGGGGGUCAGAUUUGUGUGAAGGGGGGGAAGGGGGGCCUCAAGCAAUGUGACGUCACAUGAAAAGGGGGAUGCUGUAGUCAAGAAUUUCAUUUAUUAACACUAAAUUACAGACAUUUUUAACAUUAUUUUUACAAAAAAACAAACAAUUAUAACUAUUUUAUUUAAAAACUACUAUCACUGAGAGAAUCGGUACAGUAGGAAUGCGAGGUCGAAGAAUGGCCUCAGAUCAAGUUAUAGGAUGCAGAGUAGUGGAGAAUCAGAAUGUAGUUAUAAUGACAGUCAUGAGACUUUAUGGCUAAAUCUGGACAGGGGAAGUGGGAUGGAGCAGGAAAAAAAAGUUUGCGGCGGGGUGGGGGUUAUCUUAGUAAAUGCUCUAGGGCAGGGAUUCUUAACCUUUUUGCAGCGCCGCAGGGCCACUCCGUUUUAAACACCACCCCCCAACCGUAUAAAUUAUAUUGUAAUCAAAUUUAAAAUAAUUAAAUAAUUUAGUUAUCGUGGUUUUAUUUCUUUAAUUAACUUUUUAUAAACAGGGGAAAAAGUUACUAAUACACGCAAUGUGCCAAUGAAAUUCAGCACUGACAGCUGCUAAUCAAAAUCCAUGAAAACUUGCAUUUAAAAAAAAAAAAUUUAAAGCAGCAACAACAAGCAAUGGCAGCAAAUACAAUCAGUGGCGUAGCUAGGUAUGGUGUCACCUGGCCCGGUAAGCUCGUGGUGUCACCCCCAUCCCAUUUUUUCACAAUCUAUUUCUUCUUGUUAAACUUAGUCCACAGUAUGAAAAAUAAAAGAACAAAAACAAAUUAAAUGAAGAUCAGGAGGUAAAUGUAUUUCAGAACUGUAACUUGUACUUAGAAUCACCCAUUGUUGUCAAAGGAUAGCUCUAUUUCUCAGAAUUUAGAUAAAUAUAGCUUCCUGUCACUUACAAAAGUAGGUUACCGAACACUACAUUCGGCGUUGAAACAUGGUCAAAACGGUGUGUUACUGACCUAAUAAUAUGGUAAUCUAAUUGCCUUGGCAUCAACCUUGACAUUUUAAUAUUAAUGAAACACGCAUUUUAUUGGUUACAUGGGUGGAAAAUGAAUGUGUCAUCUGUUAUCCUUUUAUGAAUUUCGGUUAGAACGUCAGUGUGUUCUCUGUAAUUACGCUAUCUUUCAAUUUGGUGUCACCCCUUGUGAUAGUGUGGACCGGUGCGGUCCGCACCCUCCUAGCUAUGCCACUGAAUAAAAAUUUUUGGUCUUCCACACCUCAAGGCUGGGUAGUUACUUGUACCCCUGGUUAUAUAUAUAUAUAAAAAAAACAAAUCUUAGGCUGGGACCUAUCAACAAUGUUUUCUUAUCAUUUUAAAAUUUAAUUUGUUUAGUCAAUGUAAACAAAAUGAUCCUGUCUACCAAUGAUCCUGUCUACUCUUGCCAUCAAUAAAGAUUAUUCCAUUCUGAGAUGGCGUAUAGAAAUUAAACUAUAUUCUCUAAAGUAGCCAGUGGUGUGUUUGGCACAUAAGUAUAUUCUGAUGCUCUGGAUGUCAAAUACUUUCAAUUUGAUGUGUCAAUUGUGGCAGAUCUAAUUUGAAUAUGAUGUGGCCAUUGUGGCCCUUCUAAUUUGAAUUUGAUGUGACCAUUGUGGCACUUAUAAUUUUUAUUUAGUUAUUGAACUAAUUUGCAACUAAAACUAAAGGCCUUAAUUUUUUUUUAGUUUCAGAUCACAAGAUUACAAGUACUGACAAAUUAAAGAUGAAAACAUUUCUUCUUUUAUUGGCUGUAUUGGGCCUUUGCCUUGGCAGUGCAUUUGGACUGUCCCAAAACGAACUAAUAAAGAAGUAAGGACUCUUGUAUGUUACUACUUGUGAAUUUCUCUAUGCAUGCAAAACUGUUAUUGAAGCUUAGUCUGAAGCUACAUUAAUUUUGGCUUAUCUGUAAAAUGUUUUAAAAAGUUAUUGUAGUUUUUAUAAAGUAAAAUGCUUCAACAAAGUUUGUUUACAUAUUUACUCAAGAAUAAUGAGACAUAUUUGAAAAUUAAAAUAAUUAGCCUUUAGUAUUGCCUUAUUUGUAAUGAAUUUCGUUUAUAUAAAUAUAAAUAUAUAAAUAUAUAAAUAUAUAUAUAUAUAUAUAUAUAUAUAUAUUUAUAUAUAUUCUCUCCACUGUAAUCUAUAACAAAGACAAAAUCAUUCUGGAAAUGAAAUGAAGAAAAAAUUAACAAUAAUCCAUAUUUUUUUAGAUUUCACUUCUCAAUUAAGAAUACAAUUAUAACCAUUUGUAAUUAACAGUUUGAUCCAUUGAUUCAAAAACACAACACUAAAAAUUUCAAUCUGAAAUGUGGGUUUAUGUGAAUGUGAGUCACCAUGAAAUGUGUGAAUUUUGUAACUAAGCACUUAACUUACUCCCAUGAUAAAACAUAUUUUACCAUUCAUUAUUUGACAUAUAAAAAUUCUGCCCCUUCGAUCAGGUCCAAAGCAGACGUGAUGAAAAUACUCAGAGAGGUUGAAGGAAUGGGUGAUGUCGGCAUGAAAUCAGCCAGACAGGAGAUGUAUGAACUUGAGGGUGAGGCAGAUCAUAUGAUGCAGUGUCAUGUGAUAUGAUGUCAUGUGAUACAAUGUCAUAUGAUACAAUAUCAUGCGAUACUAUGUCAUUUGAUACAAUGUCAUGGAAUUACAAUGUUAUAUGAUAACAAUGUCAUGUGAUAACAAUCUCAUGUGAUAUGAUACAAUGUCAUGUGAUAACAAUCUCAUGUGAUAUGAUACAAUGUCAUGUUAUUACAAUGUGCCACUACAUUCUGCAUAAUGUUGGCAAUUUAAGAUUUGUAUGCAGUGCACAACAUACUGUAUGUUAUUUUAUCUUUUUAGUCCAUACAUCAUAUUUUUUCCAUGGGGCGAGUUUGCUUCGAUCUAUAUUUGUUGGCAUGCACUUAAAAUUUGAUAGAGAAUUUCUUCCUCUAUGAUUUGAGGAGAACGUCCACUGCUUUCAUGUCACAAACCCUCACACCGAUUGAGAGUGUUCCCUCUAAAACAGGUGUCAGUAACCUAUUUUGAGUGAAGAGUCGUUUUAUAAAUUAUAUUUGCAAAGAAAAUAUUUAGGGAGCCGAUAGCAUGGGCAGAUUGGGAAAAGGAAUUUGCACACAUGACAUCGGAAGUAAAGGUUUUGCUUCUAAUACUUUUAAAUUUAUAAACUUCAUUAAGAGAAGUGUUAUCCUAAAAUUAAUUAAACCCUCCUAAAAUUGAAAUGAUUUUAAAUUAAAUAUUUAAAUAUGAAGAGAGCAGCAUGCUGACCGGGAACAGCAGGUUGCCUGCUGGCCCCUGCUGCAGCACAUUAAUUUUCCCUUGUUGUAUAUGUUACAUACUAGUUUACCCUAGAUGUAUAUGUUACAGAUUAGUUUACCCUUGAUGUAUAUGUGAUGGAUUAUUUUACUAUAAAUGUAUGUUACAGAUUAGUUUACCCUAGAUGUAUAUGUUACAGAUUAGUUUACUUACUCUAAAUGUAUAUGUUAAACAUUAUCUUAGAAACUGAGGCAUGGUGUUUUUAUUGUCUUCCACAUAGACUGGAGGUUGAAGGAGAACUGCUCAUGUCAGAACUACACCUGCGGCUGUUGCCUGCACCUUGAGGUUCCACAAAUCUCCCUCAAUGAUACAGGUAGGAACUUUUGUACAGUUCAUCUAAGCCUAUAGAAUGAUUUUUAAAUGUAGUUUUUGUGAUGAAGUAGAAAUUUAUUUCUCAUAAGUGGAACCUGUGAAUGGGGGAGUUGAGAGGGAGUGUAUGGGGGGGGGGGUUUGGAAGAGAGUGUAUGGUGGAAGAGAGUGUAUGGUGGAAGAGUGUGUAUGGUGGAAGAGAGUGUAUGGGGGAAGAGAGUGUAUGGUGGAAGAGAGUGUAUGGUGGAAGAGAGUGUACGGUGGGGAUUUGGGAGAUAGAGUGGAGAAAGGGGAGUCAAUAAGGGAAUAGUUAGGGGGUGAAUAUGGAAAUGGUUUGAAGAAAUGAAAGGGGGGGGGGGGGUAGCGAUUACAAUUUGGGGCUGUGAUGGGAUGUGUGUGGGAAGGGUGUUGAGGACAGGUGAAGUUUUGUGCUGACGAGGCUAACUCUAAGAUUCUGUUGAUUUUCAAGGGGCAUGCUAAUAGUUUGUGAUACAACAAAAAGCCAGUGUGAUCAACUGUCCUGUCCUACUACAAAGUCUUAAAAAUGUUGUUAUCAUCAUAUUUGGUAUUCAAUCCCCAGGCUGUCUUAACUUAACUUACCUUGUUGAUGAGUACGGAUUUGAAUUUUUAUUCACUCUGGAUGGGAAAAUUAUCAUUGACAAAAAAGUAUCAGGUAGGCCCACAUUUUAACAUGCCUUUAUAAUUAUAAUUAUAAGAGCAUCUUUAUAAUAUUACACAUACACUAACGUUUCCAUUGAGACCAAAUCUCAUGCUCGACCAUCAUAAAAUUGAAAUGAUUUAUUUGAAAUAUUAUUGAAGAAAUUAAAUGGCCUAUUUAAAAAAAGUUUAAGUUAAAAGGUUGUAGAUAGUAGGGCAUAGCAUAAUUGACACAAAUGACUGUACUUUUUUAAAGAAUAAAUUGACAUCAAUUUUUCAUUGAGAUUAUUGACAAUUUAUAGGGCACAUAAACACAUCACAGGGCCAUCCAUCAAUGAUGUCAUGUAUUAGGGGCCAUCCAUAAAUGAUGUCAUGUAUUAGGGGCCAUCCAUAAAUGAUGUCAUGUAUCUGAGGCCAUCCAUAAAUAAUGUCAUGUAUCAGGGGCCAUCCAUAAAUGAUGUUAUCGGGGGCCAUCCAUAAAUAAUGUCAUCAGGGGGCCAUCCAUAAAUGAUGUCAUGUAUCUGGAGCCAUCCAUAAAUGAUUUCAUGUAUCAGGGGCCAUCCAUAAAUGAUAUCAUGUAUUUGGGGCCAUCCAUAAAUGAUUGUCAUCAGGGGGACAUCCAUGGAUGAUGUCAUCAGGGGCCAUCCAUAAAUGAUGUCAUCAGGGGCCAUCCAUAAAUGAUGUCAUGUAUUUGGGGCCAUCCAUGGAUGAUGACAGGUAUCUGGGGCCAUCCAUAAAUAAUGUCAUCUGGGGCCAUCCAUAAAUAAUGUCAUCAGGGGCCAUCCAUAAAUGAUGUCAUGUAUCUAAGGUGGAGGGGGGGGGUUAUAAUGGCCCAUCCCUUAUUAAUGGAUGCAUCUUUUCUAUCUGGCCCUUAAGAAUUUAUUAUAGAAAAAAAAUUAUCAUUCUGUUAUAACUUUAAGCCUUGUCCCACUUUGUUCUUCUUGUUUCCCCGACAGUGAAAAACCCACCCCCCAUUUGUGCAGCCAUCCCUUACAUCCACAAUCUGGCCAGCCUCUGCUUUCGCUUCUACAACCUGGACUACAAGGAGAAGCAGUUCUCGGGCUGUGCAGCACUCGAGGCUGAGCUCGAAGGGAUCGUCGUCAAAAAGAUUGAGUUGGGCUGCUUCAAGAUCCCGCCUAGUGUUGCUCUUUACCGCACACACAGAAUUGCUCAGCCGUAAACACGUGUUCAAAAAUAGUUUUUUGGUCGCUCGACAAAAGUUUUUUUUUAAAGAAAUAGCUUACAUCUAAACUUUGCUUUGACUUUAUUGGCUACUGAUUUGAUAACAUUUCUUUUUUAAAAAAAAACUAAAAACUAUUGUUAUCACAAAAAUCUUUUGAUUAAUAUUGAAAUUGAUAAAAAAUUAAGUCAAAGAUCCCAGUAACUAACUGAAUUCCGAGUAGUUUAAAUUCAUUUUAAACAUCAAUGUCAGGUUCAUCUCCAGCUUUAAAUUUGUUUGAUCUUUCUUUUGAUUGUAUAAAGUAAUACACUAUGUUAUGGACGUUUUUUAUCCCGUGGUAAUAGUUAAGCUAUUUUUCUGUCCCAAUAUGUUCAAGUCAAACAUUCAUCUUAUCCAGGUUUCAUGCUUAUGAUUAUAACUUCGUGCACAUGGAUUUUUUUUAAAAAGUCAAUUUUUUUUUGGUCAUGCUCCUAUCAGUAUAUGUAUUUUGGUUGCUAAGAGAAUACUCUAGUCAUCAAACUCAAGUCAUCAGACUCAAGUCUUCAGACUCAAGUCAUCAGACUCAAGUCAUCAGACUCAAGUCAUUAGACUGAAUUCAUCAAACUCAAGUCAUCAGACUCAAGUCAUCAGAGUCAAGUCAUCAGACUAUAUGAAGUGGCUUUCUAUUGUUCACUGCACUCUGAAGCUUCAACUUGUUGGUUUAGCUUUUCGUUGAACUAAUAUUUUUAUGUGUGGAAAUUGAGAAGACAGAAGUGCUUUGUAUGGACCGCUAAGUGUGGACCGCUAAGUGUGGACCGCUAAGUGUGGACCGCUACGUGUGGACCGCUAAGUGUGGACCGCUAAGUGUGGACCGCUAAGUGUGGACCGCUAAGUGUGGACCGCUACGUGUGGACCGCUACGUGUGGACCGCUAAGUGUGGACCGCUAAGUGUGGACCGCUAAGUGUGGACCGCUACGUGUGGACCGCUAAGUGUGGACCGCUAAGUGUGGUUUUCUUAGAUGGGAUGCUGGCAAAUCUAGGGUCUUUACAAGAAGAAAUAUUUCACUAGUGUCAGCCUGUUACUUCAGUGUGUCAGCCUGUUACUUCUGUGUGUCAGCCUGUUACUUUGGUGUGUCAGCCUGUUACUUCCAUGUGUCAGCCUGUUACUUUGGUGUGUCAGCCUAUUACUUCUGUGUGUCAGCCUGUUACUUCAUUGUGUCAGCCGGUAACUUAAGUGUUUCAGCCUGUUACUUUGUUGUGUCAGCCUGUUUCUUUGUUGUGUCAGCCAUUUACUUCAGUGUGUGAGCCUGUUAUCUAAUAAUUAAACUAAAAGCAAGAAAUAUGUUUUAAUUACUUCAAAAAAAUUUGUAAAAAAAAUAUAUAUUUUAUAUUCAAUAAAAAUGCUGAAUCUGCAAGGCAAAAAGAUCUAAUACAUCCGCCGCCGCCGCCGUGUACUUCACCUAACUUGACCCUGUUUGACUCCUUCAUACACUGCUGUUCGCCAGCUGGAAUGGUGCUCAGCGAUGAUCUCCCAUUGGUUAAUUUCUAUUUUGGCUUCCCUCAUGCUCCUUUCGUAAAUUUCCUUAAAUACACCCGUGAUUGUCCAAUAUGUCUCGUCCCUACUGCCAACUCUCCAUACAGCACAUCUUUUGGAAUAUGGCCUUCCUCCGUUCUCCGUACAUGGCCUAACCAGGGAAGACAAUUGUUGCUAAGAGAGGAGAACAUGCUAUGCCUUUUGGCCCGUUCCAAAACCUCUUUGUCCUGCCGUUGAAUAAGUAAAAUGCAGCGGAGACAUCUCUGGUGGAAGCUGCUGAGUCUCUUCUCAUGACUGGCAUACGUGGUCCACACUUCACUGCCAUACGUGGUCCACAUUUCACUGCCAUACGUGGUCCACAUUUCACUGCCAUAUAGGAGCUUACUGAACACACAUGCCUAGUUUUGCCCUUUCAUUUAAUUCAGGAUUUUUUCCACACUUUAUUUCCUGCUCAUUCAAUUCAGAUGUCGCUUACGCUGCUUUUGCAUUCCUGUUCACCUCGUGGUCAACGGAGAAUGACCCAGAGAUAGUAGACUCAAGGUAUGUAAAAUUCUAAACUACCGACAGAUUUUCUAUCAUGAUAACAUAAUGUUUGGAGAGGACUGUGCUUCUUGCAUCAUGACACUUGCUGUCUUUGGUUUUGUACUAGUUAUUUCAUGCUGUAUAUUUUAAGUAUACUCAAGUAAGUUUUGAUGCAUUGAUGUUAUAGUGGAUGAAAAAGAAAUCUUCUAUUCUCUGCAUAUUUCAAUAUUACUUUAUUGUUGAUUUGCUCAUAUUUUCUGGAUUCACUUCUUUACUUCUACAAUGCUAUAAAAUUGUUUGGGUCAAAUACUACCAUUUUUGUCCACGUGAACAUGGUUCUUGUAUUUAUAUGAAAUGGCUUUACACAUUUUUGUCUAUACAUGUUAAUAGGAAGAGUAUGAUUACUUGCAAUUCUUCUGAUGUGGAAAUGAAAGCUCUCACAAAGUUUGAUAUUUUGAUGAUUAACUUAAAAAAAAAAUAUUUUCUUGUUUUAAGAAAUAACAACUAAAUUGCCAUGUGGAAGGGAAAAAAAAAAUCAAUUUGCAUCCAAUAAUUUUGUCAGUUAAUUACUUAGCCACUGUUAAAGUCAAUGUUGAUCCAUUCUUCUAUAGGGUAGCACUGUUAAUUCAACAGUGACACAUGCUGUAGGGUAGCACUUUGGAUUCAGCAUUGACGCAUUAUAUAACAUAUCAAUGUAGACUCAACAGUGACCCAUUCUAUAGGGUAGCACUGUUAAUUCAACAGUGACCCAUUCUAUAGGGUAGCACUGUUAAUUCAACAGUGACCCAUUCUAUAGGGUAGCACUGUUAAUUCAAGUGACCCAUUCUAUAGGGUAGCACUGUUAAUUCAACAGUGACCCAUUCUAUAGGGUAGCACUGUUAAUUCAACAGUGACCCAUUCUAUAGGGUAGCACUGUUAAUUCAACAGUGACCCAUUCUAUAGGGUAGCACUGUUAAUUCAACAGUGACCCAUUCUAUAGGGUAGCACUGUUAAUUCAACAGUGACCCAUUCUAUAGGGUAGCACUGUUAAUUCAACAGUGACCCAUUCUAUAGGGUAGCUCUGGUUAAACCAUUAUAACAACAAACUUUGGUUUUUCAAAUGAGUUGUUGGUUCAAUAUUUCCUGUGAUCGUAAAAUAUUCUACUUUCCGAGCCUUUGAUCAUGUGCUUACAAAACAACUAGUAUUAAUGUACAUUACAUUUCUAUUAAAUUAGUAAUUGUUUACCUAAAUUCUUCUUGUUCAAAAUUCAAUUUUUAAAAUGGAUCCACACAUGCUUGAUUUCUUAUUUUUAUUUGCACAACUAGAGCUAUCAAAGAAAUGUGUCUUUGUUGCUGUGGGUUGAAAUUUCAUGUCAAAUGCGGACUUACGAUUGUUAAAAUAAAAAUUUCAAUUUUUUUUGUUUGUUUAUGAACCAUUUUAAUUUUAACAAUCAGCAUACUACAUUCCAUUUUAAAAAAAAGUUUUCAUUGAUUUUUUUUUUUUUCGGGGG